AAUGCAUUUGUUUGUGUGUCUCAUGCACAUAAAUACUUAUUGCUCUUCAAUCUUCAUGCACUCAAAAUACCAAAACAAAGAGACUGUUUUUUUCUUUUGUUUUGUCUAUGGAGAAAAGCAAGUCAUACCCUGAAUACUCUGAAUUUGGAUUCAGAGAGAGAUCAAAUUCCUACAACUUCAAUGGGCCAUGUCAAAAGGGAAGUGGGUUUUAUGCAGCAAGUGAUGCAGAGAUCAAGAGGAAGAAGAGAAUCAAGUCAUAUAAUGUUUAUGCUGUGGAGAGGAAGCUUAAAACAAGUGUGAGGAACAGCUUCAAGUGGAUCAAGAACAAGUUUGGUGAGUGGUAAUAAUAAUGAAAUAAUGUGUGAGUUAUUAGUUUUUUUUUUUUUAAGGGUAUGAAUAUGAUGUUGAAGAAAACAAAAUAGCUUUAACUUGUAAAAAACAAAAUGAUGAAAUGAAAUGAAAUGAAAUGAGAGUUUUCUUGUUU